AUGUUGCGUUUAGUUAUCGGAGAUGCAACUGAUGCCGGAGUCAAAUAUUUAGUAAGAAAACAUCCAGAGAUUGAAAAAAUCCAGUUGGGGGAUAGACACCUCUACACCUUGAACCAUCCUCCUCAAAUCUAUGAAUAUCCUAACCAUGGUUUACAAUCACUUCUCUCCCUACCCAACCUGGCCUCUAUUGAGAUCAACAGUCUGGAGAUUAUCGCCGGAAAAUCAUUAAAAAUUCUGUCUUCUCAUCUUCAUACCCUUGGUCUGUACAACCUUGAUAUAUCAGAGGAAGUUCUUGUCUCUCUUGUAGAAACCUGUAAAAACACUCUCAGAAAGCUGUAUAUUCCUGGAAACGAGAACGUUACCGAUUCAACUGUCUUUAGAAUUCUAGAUUUAUGUGGAGACAACCUGAAAUCUCUGAAUAUAUCUUGUACAAAGGUGUCCUGCAAGGACCUAUAUGAUCCCCUUCCUUGUCUAGAGUAUUUAAACUGUUCAUGGAACGAAGGUCUAACUGAUGAAGGACUACUCAACAUAUUUCAACUCUGCGGAGAGACUCUCAAAACUUUAAAUGUGUCCAACACAAAUAUUACUGGAGAACUUUUGUGUGAUUUUGAUGGAAGCUUGCCUAAUCUGGAAAAUGUAACAAUAUCAGCGUGUAAAUAUUUCACCGACGAAGGCCUGCUGAUGCUGCUCUGGUUGUGUGGAAAUACCUUAAAAAGUCUUGAUAUCUCAAUCACUUAUGUGAAAGGAGAGUUCCUAACUGAAUAUUAUGGAAUCCUGCCUUGUCUAAACAAUCUCAAUCUAAAAUUUUGUUUAUUUCUCUCUGAUGAAGGACUGGUAAAAUUUCUGAUCCUGUGCAGAAAAACCCUGAUUUCGCUUGAUUUGUCCAAAACCAAUGUCACAGGAGAACUGAUUAAAGACCUGAGAGGAGCACUGCCUUAUCUAGAAACCCUAAAUCUAACUCAGUGUGAAUAUCUUUCGGAACAAGGUCUGUCUCAGCUGAUCCUAAAAUCCAAGCACACCCUACGUUCACUAGAUAUUAGCAGAACAAAUAUAACCGGAGAGGCUCAGUAUGGAACACUUCAUGCCCUUCAGAGCCUUAACCUGGAAGGUAGUCGGCUCACGGACUCAGGACUACUUCAAACCCUUCGUAACUGCGGUGGGACAAUUCAGUCCUUAAACAUCAGCAGGACCAACAUAACUGGCGGACCGCUCUGGGAUUUGUUCCGCUCUCCAGAUUCCAAGCCUGCCCCGUUCACAGCCAACCUUCUCGCCACUCCUCAAU